UUGUUGGAAUGUUUUCUAGCUACAAAAUGGAUAAAAACAACGAACAGGAUAUCUAUAUGUAGAGAAUUUGGAUAAAAAGUUAGUUCAUGAUUAUGAUUACUGUUCAUCGCGAUCUGAUGAACGGCCAUGGCGAUGAUAAUUACUGAUUCAUCUCCAUAGUACUGCCAUGUGAUUCCACUGACACACACUCCAAUUGCGCUCAUGCAUUUCGUCUGACAACGCCUGCAUCAUCUUCAAAUUUGCCUUGUUCGUUUCCAUUUCUGUUGUUUCAGACUGUAAUUGAUCCGCAUCUCUCUGCUCUCCCAUGGUUAGCCGCCUACGAAGAUGCCUAAUUCGUCUCCGGCGUUCGAGUUCUCCAUUUCUAGAUGGAUUGGAAUUUUCCGGCGGAAAUCAGUUGCAGAUACCGCCAGCGACGAGAGCGAGGAGAGUGUGCAGUUCUCAAAUUCCGGCGAGUGCUACGCCUGCACGCAGGCCGGAGUUCCGGCGUUCCAUUCGACGAGCUGCGACAACGCGAAUCCGCCGGAGUGGGAAGCUUCCGCUGGAUCUUCAUUAUUUCCGGUGAAAAGCCAGUCGCAGAUCAGAAUCCCCGGCCGGCGGUCGUCCAGCGGAGUAUUGGACCCGAGGAGCAAAAGCGUGCAGCGGUGGAACCGCGCGUUCCUUCUGGCGCGUGGAAUGGCGCUGGCGGUGGACCCGCUGUUCUUCUACGCGCUGUCGAUCGGCCGCGGCGGAUCCCCGUGCCUGUACAUGGACGGCGGAUUGGCGGCGGUCGUGACGGUGCUCCGCACCGGCGUCGACGCCGUACACUUAGGUCAUCUAUGGCUGCAGUUCCGGCUGGCUUACGUGUCAAGGGAAUCUCUGGUGGUUGGUUGUGGGAAACUCGUGUGGGACGCACGUGCCAUAGCUUCACACUAUCUGCGCUCCCUUGGCGGUUUCUGGUUCGAUGCCUUCGUGAUUCUUCCCAUUCCUCAGGUUGUGUUUUGGUUGGUGGUGCCGAGAUUGAUCAAAGACGAGCAAAUCAAGCUGAUAAUGACGAUUCUUCUCCUGAUGUUCCUCUUCCAAUUCCUGCCUAGGGUUUAUCACAGCAUAUAUUUGAUGCGAAAGAUGCAGAAAGUCACUGGCUAUCUCUUCGGCACAAUUUGGUGGGGAUUCGGCCUCAAUCUCAUAGCUUAUUUCAUUGCUUCCCACGUCGCCGGCGGUUGUUGGUAUGUUCUCGCGAUACAGCGGGUAGCAUCGUGCCUGAAGCAGCAGUGCAGAAACAGCAGCAUCUGCAAUCUAUCCCUGUCCUGCUCCCAGGAGGUCUGCUACCAAGUUUUCAUGCCCUCCGAAACGAUGAACAAUCCUUGUGGAGGUAACUCCACACUCGCAACUAGAAAACCUAUGUGUUUGGAUGUCAAUGGACCAUUUCGUUACGGCAUUUACAAAUGGGCACUUCCUGUUGUGUCGAGCAACUCUGUAGCUGUAAAAAUUCUUUAUCCAAUUUUCUGGGGAUUAAUGACUCUGAGCACUUUCGGCAACGAUUUGGAGCCGACGAGCAAUUGGCUGGAAGUUAUCUUCAGUAUCAUCACUGUCCUCAGCGGUCUUAUGCUAUUCACUCUGUUAAUCGGUAACAUUCAGGUGUUUUUGCACACGGUCAUGGCGAAGAGGAGGAAAAUGCAGCUGAGGUGCAGAGACAUGGAGUGGUGGAUGAAGAGGAGACAGUUGCCGUCGCAGCUGCGACAGAGAGUUCGACGGUAUGAACAUCAAAGAUGGGCAGUGAUGGGCGGGGACGAAGAGAUGGAGCUCAUUGAAGACUUGCCCGACGGCCUAAGGCGCGACAUCAAACGCUUUUUGUGCCUCGAUUUGAUUAAGAAGGUGCCGAUCUUUCAUAGCUUGGAUGAUCUGAUCCUCGACAACAUAUGCGACCGCGUUAGUCCCCUCGUUUUCUCCAAAGACGAAAAGAUUGUUCGCGAAGGCGACCCGGUGCCAAGGAUGGUCUUCAUAGUUCACGGCCGUGUGAUGAGCAGCCAAAACCUCAGCCGAGGCGUGGUGGCGACGAGCACACUCGAGCCCGGUGGCUUCUUCGGCGAUGAGCUUCUCUCAUGGUGCCUCCGACGUCCAUUCCGAGACAGGCUUCCGCCGUCGUCUGCCACGUUCACCUGCAUCGAGCCCACCGAAGCGUUCGCGCUCGACUCAAAACAUCUCCGGUACAUCACCGAGCACUUCCGGUACAAAUUCGCCAACGAGAGGCUCACCCGAACUGCGCGAUACUACUCAUCCAACUGGAGAACAUGGGCUGCCGUCAACAUCCAGCUCGCCUGGCGGCACUACACUCUUCGGACGAGACCCGUCACCGGACAGCCCUUUCGGUCAGCUGCCGCCGCCGGCGGAGACGAUCGCCGCCUACGGCAAUAUGCUGCUUACUUCAUGUCGUUCCGGCCUCACGAUCACCUCGAAUAAGGUUCUCCUGAAAUUCUUUUUCCUGCAUCCAUUGAUCAAUUUAACCAUUCUUGUGAGAAUUAAAAAGUGCUGUUAUAUUCAUGUAUGUGCGUAGAGCUUGCCGAUUUGUCUCAGGUUUGAUUACUUUAAACGGAUUAAAUAAUUCAAAUCUAACUCAAUUCGUUUAUUA